AUGUCGCUGCCUGCCCGGCUUUGGAAUCCCGGCAGCGCGAUCGUGCAGGAGUUCGCGCGCAGUACCUCAGCCCUUCUCAGCCGCUGUCCCCCUGAGCGAUCGUUCUUCCCUUCGGCUCCGGCCGAAACUAUUGAGCCACCACUUGGAGAGGCAAUUCCAGAAGGUCUCCCGGAAUUGAAUGAGGUUCCUGACGUCCCUGCUGAUGUGCCUGUGGAGCCCUUGCCCGGGCCGACGUCAGAGACUGCAACAGGAGUGGGAUCUAACUUUCUGACUGGAUUCUUCUCCGGUGCGAUGAACACCUUCUUUGCUCCCGAACGACAGGCUGCGGAGCAACGGGGAGGGUCGGUCGCCUCGCUAGUGACCCACGGUGUCUUCCUGACAACCGCCUGGUUUGUCUCACGCUCAUCGCCCUGCCGUGGAGUUGCCGAAGUCAUUGGCUCUGCCUUUCAACGGGUGCCGCUGCUUGGACAGGGACCCUUGGGGUCAGUUGUGCAGAUGGUUGUCGGAGCACAGCUGGGUGAAUACGCAGGGCGCAAGCUUGGCGAGCUGCGCGGGAAGACAACUAGCCCCGCAGUUGGUGCUGAAGAAGGUGCCCCGUUCGAAAUCUACCUGUCAGAGAUGUGCGUGCUUUGCCACGAUGCUUUUGGGAACGGAGCGAAUCGCGUGGCUGCUUUAAGUUGUGGCCAUGCAUGCCUAUGCUCCGACAAUGGCUGUGUAGCCCAAUGGGAGGCUUCGGCACCUCAGGGCCAACGAGCUUUGCUCGAUAGAGCACGGCGAGAGAUGCAACGGCAGGAAGAUGUCGCGCAAAGCCAUGCGGCCAAGUUCCAUUGCAUCGAGGCAUCCCUGGAAUCGGCCAGCCGUGAGUUGACCACGGAGGCCCGCAGCAGCAUGCAGCUCGCGGAGCGGAAGGCCGAGGCGCUGGCCUCGAAUGUGGCAGCGAAGGUUGGACGAAGUGUCGCAGAGGAGCAGCUGGAUCAGGCUCUGGUCACGUUUCGGGAGGAGCUGAGCCAGAUCCGAGGUAGCACCGUCGAGGCUAGCCAGGCCAGCUCGCUCUUGCGAGCCGAGCUUUCGGAGGCGAAGACUUGCUUCUCAGAGGCCGAUGCACAGCUCCGUGAUCAGAUCGACGGUUUGCAGGGCUCCCUCACGGAGGCCAACAGCGCACUGCGAGUCCAAGUGGAGGAGGCGAAGGCAGCAGGUAAUUCUUCCAGCGAGGCGACAGGGUGCCUUCAUCACGAAGUCGAAACUGUCAGCUCCGAGGUGCGAGUGACGCAGCAGGAGGUCCAAUCCUUGAAGCGAGGAUCACAGGAGGCCACCGCGGCCGUGAGAGAGGGCUUCGCGAAGGUCCAGACACUGUCAGCUGAGGCGAUCGCAGGCCUCCGUCAACAACUUGCCGAGACGAAAACCGACUUGGCAGAGGCGGAGAAGAGCCUGCAGAUGGAGCAUGCAAAGGUGCUGAAAUUUGCGGGACAUGCCGAGUUCGAGGCCCAGACGGCUGCACAGCAGACUUCGCGGCUUGCUGCCGGCCUUCGGGGGGUCGAGGAGACACUGGAACGUCGCAUGCAGUGGGUGGCAGCGUCCAGCAACGAAUUGGAAGCCUCGGUUGCGCAGGCCUUUGCGGAGUCCCACUCCGCACUGGCACGCACGUCCCGGGCACUUGCGGCAGAGGUGGUGGCUGAGCGCUGUCGCUCUGCACAGGCAGAGGAAGAUGUGGUCUCCCGGCUGAGGAGGUUUGAGGAUGCUGUCAGCGGCGACUCCCGUUCACAGGCAGACGCAGUUGAGCAGCUCAACCAGGCUAUCGCUGUUGCCGCGCUGCGAAGGCAAGGAGAGGAGCGCAACCUCUUGAAGAAGGUCCAUGACUCGUUGCGCAGCAUUGACGAGCGGCGUCCUCUCGAGCGCCGGGAACUCGUCGAGGCUGCAGGACGAGCCGUGGCAGAGCAGAGCUUUAGGGCUUUAGGGGGUUGUGGGACUGGGAGUCGUGAGCCUUCGACGGCUUCUGGACCCUCACGCCUCACCUCGCCCACAGUGGCGAUGGCUCGACGCAUUGAUGGGCUCUACUGCACGGCGGAAACUGCCGAUGAAGUGGUGAGGCGUGUAAUUGCAGAGACCCACAACGAGGCGGAUAAGGUCCGGAACGAGGUUGCAGCAGCUGUCUCCGAGCGCAUCCAAGCGCUCCAGGCACGACAGCAGGAGCUUCUCAACCAGAUAGACUUCAUGGUGCAGUCCAAAGUGCAG